AUGCCUUCCACAGCAUUAGCAAACGACGCAUUCGCCAAAGCAACAGCAUCCACCACCUCCUUAUCCUCCUCCUUAUCAUCCUCCUCGGCCGCCGUGCCCGCAGCCAUCAACGAGCCACUCGUCACCUUCCACCGGCUCCCCGCGCGCUUCCCUUCGUCGUCAUCGGCGGAAUCGAUCUACCAAAGCGAGCCGCCGGCGCACCACGUCACGGCGGCGAAUGGUACCACCGUCACGGGCUUCCGGAACCCGUGGCCGUCGUUCGUCGACGCCGCGCCCAAGGGCCCCGCGCAGGCCAUCCACGCGCGCUUCCUGUCGCGCGAGCGCCGCUACGUGCCCGUCCCGUCGGCCAAGGAGGAGUUGGUGCAGGUCGUGCGGCCGGAUUGGGGGUGGGGGUGUUGCGGGCAUGCCCCUCCUCCAGGUUCCGCGAUGGGCGAAGGAGGGCAGGGUGGUGGUGGAGGGGGUGACUGGGGAGGGGGAGGAGGAGGAGGGUCAGGGGCAGCGCAGAAGGAAAUGGGUAUUUCGGACGAAGGGAAGGCGGCUGCUGCUGCUGCUGGGAAGGAUGGCGAGACGGGCAAUCCGAACGCGACGAAGAUGAAGGCGACGUGGAUCGGGCACGCGUCGUGGCUGGUCGAGACGGGAGUGAAGCGCAGGGCGCCCAUCGCGACGCCGUCCAUCACGCUGACGACGGACGAUGCGGGCGACGGGAAGGUGACGACGACGACGCUGGAUCUCGGAGGGGAUUCGGAUUCGGACGAUUCGGAUGAUUCCUCGUCGGUGUCGUCGUCCGCUGGAGGCCCUGACGACAAGACGGAUCACGAGAAGGACGACGGGAAGAAGAACAAGAAACGGCCGGAGAAGGAAAGGAAGAAGAAAAAGAAGAAGAAGGCGCCGCACGUCGAGCGCGGCAUCCGUAUCCUGUGCGAUCCCGUCUUCAGCUCGCGCAUGUCGCCCGUCCGCUUCGCUGGACCGAAGCGCUUCACGCCGCCGCCGUGUGCGCUCGCAGACCUGCCUGACCCCGUCGAUGUCGUCAUCAUCAGCCACGACCACUACGACCAUCUGGACGCGCCCACCAUCCGUUUCUUGGUAGACCGCGAGCGCAAGCGCCAGCACGCUAUGAAGAUCGGUAGGGGCAUCCUGUUCUUGUGUGGCUUGGGCGUCGGGAGGCAUCUGCAGGGCAUGGGCGUGAGGGAAGAGGAGAUCGUCGAGCUGGAUUGGUGGGAGGGCGUAAGAAUCGCAGUGAGGGGCGUUAAGGGCGCGGCGAGGGUGAUCGCGACGCCGAGCCAGCAUUUCAGCGGAAGAGGCGUUUGGGAUGCGGGCAAGUCGUUGUGGUGUUCUUGGGUGGUAGAGGAGAUUGGAAUCGAUGACGAUGACGACGAAAAGCAGCAGCGAGCCAACGUGCAAGCUUCGCCGACGAAAGCGAACGAGAGCGAUGCUGCCGGCUCUGCUCCUCCGUUGCGCAAGAAUAAGAGAUUGUACUUUGCUGGCGACACCGGGUACCGCUCCGUCCCGCCUGGCGUCGACAAGGACCCCGAUGCCAUCGCAGAGCUGCCGCGCUGCCCUGCAUUUGCAGAGAUUGGGGAGCUAUAUGGACCGUUUGAUCUUUCGUUGCUGCCUAUCGGAUGCUAUUCCCCUCGGAUAUUGUUGUCGCCAGUGCACGCAGCGCCAGAGGAUUCGGUGUGUAUGCAUAAGGAUUUGAGGAGCAAAAAGAGCGUGGCGAUGCAUUACGGGACCGUGCGGAUGCCCUUGAGCGAGCAGUAUGAGGAUGUAAGGGAGCCGCCGAGGUUGUGGAAGGAGUGUGCCGAGAAGGAAGGGCUGAAGUGGGGAGAGGACGUCGAAGUGUGUAAGAUUGGAGAGACGGUGUUGGUGUAG